UUCCCUUUUCGGACCCCAUGCUUUUUGGCUUUUGCUCGCUAUCUAAUGUUUGAAAGUUAACUUAAUCUGUAAAAUAAAAUACAUAAAAUGGGGGGAAAGAAUAAACAGCGAACGAAAGGAAACGUUCGGCCGUCCAGCAGCGGGCGGGCUGCCGAGUUGCUGGCCCGGGAGAGUGGUGUCGUACCCGGGUUCGUGGGGUUCGCCACCACAACGACCACAGAGCCGGGCUAUGUGCCUGCUGUCCAUGGGGCAGAGGAGAUCGACAACCUGGUUGAUGCUGACUUCCGCCUGGUGUUGAGGAAACUAUCAAAGAGAGACACAGUCACCAAACUGAAGGCAGCGCAGGAGUUCGGGGCUAUGUGUCAGGAGCGGGACUCAGAGGUCGUUAAAGGAGUUCUACCUUACUGGCCCAGGAUCUACUGCAAGAUUUCAAUGGACCACGACCGACGUGUGAGAGAGGCCACCCAGCAGGCGUUUGAACAACUGGUCCUGAAGGUGCGGCGUAGUCUAGCCCCCUACCUGAAGAGUGUGAUGGGCCACUGGCUGCUGUCUCAGUGUGACAGCUAUCCUCCUGCUGCCUCUGCUGCCUGCCAGGCCUUCAACGCUGCCUUCCCCCCCAGCAAACAGGCUGAGGCUCUUAGCUUCUGCAAGGACGAGGUUCUCACUGUACUUCAAGACAACUUGCUGAAGGAGACGGCAGACACCCUAAGUGACCCACAGAGUGUUCCAGAGGAGGAGAGGGAGGCGAAGUUCAUCCGCCUGCUUACCAGCUCUCUACUGGGGGUGAAGAGACUGCUGUCCUCCUUACCCCAGACAGACACACACAACCUGCAGGACAGACUGACACACCUCCUCAACCAGGCCAAGUUCUGGAAGUACAGCAGACACAAGACCCCACAGGUGCGUGGUGCUUUCUUCGAGGUGGUGUCUUCCCUGUGUGAACACACUCCAGGUCUCAUGCAGACUGAGGCUGCCAGAGUAUGUCCCGCUGUUCUACUGUCUAUAGACGACACGGACCCUGUGGUGCUGCCUCCGCUCUGGGAAGCUGUACUCCACACGCUCUCCACCUUAACAGACUGUUGGAGUCAUGUCAAUGCCAGGAAGGCUGUUCUGCCUAAACUGUGGUCCCUGUUAAAGGAUGGGGGUAAAGGUUUGGCUACAGCCCUCCACUCUAACCUGCUACCCCUCAUCAGUAAACUACCCACUGAGGUCACGACACCUAACCUAGACUUCUAUACAACCUUCUACAGCUGUCUCAUACAAGGCUUGUCCAGUGAGCGUGCUGUGUCCAGUCCUUCAGAGAGUGCAGCUAUCGUGGUGUCAGCAGUAGAGUGUUUGAGAUACACUCUGUUACAGAACACUGGGGAGGAGGAGGAACACACACGGAUACGCACCGUGCUCCUAGAACAACAGCUCCUCCCCCUCAUCGACAGUGCCUUGGGAAGCCCCUCCCUCCAAGCCGGUCCCCUUUUCCCAUUGGUUACGGACAUGCUCGUCUCCUGGGAGAAGAGGGCUGGACUUCAGGAUGUGGGUGUGCUUAGCGAGGGAGAGAACGAAGUUGUCUUUGAUAGGCUGCUGGCGGACUUCUGGGAGGGGCUUAGGGUGAUGUUAGCCCGUCGUGUACAGAGUGACAGUCUGGAGCGGAAAGACCUAGAAGGAAUGUCCUCGCUGCUACAGGUGAUGCAGAGCCCAGUGAGUGCCGGCAGGAAGCAGACCAAGAAGAAGAGAUCGGUGAAGAUCUGUUUCUCUGAGCCAGAGAGUUCUGGUUCUCCAGAGGAAGAGGGCGAGGUGGCGCUGAAGUGUGCCCAGCUGGAGGCCCCCGAGCUGGGCCAGGAGACGGCCGAGGGCCCCCUGAAAAGCUGGCACCUGGAGGAGAUUGUCUGUCAGCAGGCACAGAUCAGUUACUCCCAUGUGAAUGAUAAGAACUCGGAGAGACAUCUGGUGUACCUCUCUCUUCUCCUUCGCUCCUUCCAUACCCCCAGGGUCUUCACUAUGCUGCUCAUCACAUCAGAAGAGGAGAAGUUAAAAGGGAAGGAUGAACAGAAGGCAGAUGGAGGAGGGGGAGGUGGCGUGCCCCCCCCCAGUAACCCUGCUGUGCGGUUUCUACUGGAGCGUGUGGUGUUGUGGCUGGGGCAGGAGGACAGGAGAGACACCAGUUACCUGGUAGAGAUGGUGUUCAGUUCUCUACGCUGUUGCAGUCCACAGGAGACCACACGCAUCCUCAACCAUAUCACCACGAUGGAUCUAAAAUGGGGAGUUCUUCUCCAGAUCAUACAAAAGGCGUGUGCGGACCCUGUAUCUCUGCAGGCGUGUGGUGAUUGGUUUAAGGGCUCCGUGCUGGGUGAGCGGCUGCUGGGGUUGGCUGAGGAGCUGUGUGAGGUGGGACUUAAAGGCUCCGGCUCCGCCCCUAAUAGGGACAGCUGGGCUCUGAUCAGCCUAGCGCUGUCUCAGCAUCAUAAUAAUGAGCCCCUGAUAGGAGCUGUGUACGUGGAGAAGAUGAUAGCCAAGCUCCAUGCUACCCUGUCGGCGGCUAAAGGUCUGUCUGAGAGGGGUAACCUGGAGCCGCUGGUGUGUUUCAUCUGUGAUGUGGCCUCCACGUUCUUCACCUCCGUAACACACUGCCUCCUACUGGCCUCCGCUGAGGAGCUACUGCUCACUGUCUUCACACUCACCGCACAGGACCAGACACACACACACCU